GCCCCCGGUCAAAGGCCACGCCGGCCCGGAGCCGGGAACCCGACACCGGCCUGUGUUAGGCCCCUGGGUUCCGGAAGCGCGUGUGGGCACUUCAGGACAGCCACGUAGUAGCCCAGGGCGCUCCGUGUCCCCCGAGAGGGGCCCGCCCAGGUUGCCGUUGCGCCUGCGGGGGGGAAGUCGGGAUCCGCCCCAGGACGUCUUUCCAGUCACAGCCCCUUUCAGAAGUGAUGCCACCUAGAAAAAAUGAGAAAUAUAAACUUCCUAUUGCACUUCCAGAAGGCAAGAUUUUAGAUGAUACAGAAGGAAAACAAUGGGUACUGGGCAAGAUGAUUGGCUCUGGAGGAUUUGGAUUGAUAUAUUUAGCUUUCCCUAUAAAUAAAACAGAUAAAGAUUCAAGACAUGUAAUAAAAGUGGAAUAUCAAGAAAAUGGCCCGUUAUUUUCAGAACUUAAAUUUUAUCAGAGAGCUGCAAAAAAAGACUAUAUCAAAAAGUGGAUAGAACUCAAACAACUUGAUUAUUUAGGAAUUCCUCUAUUUUAUGGGUCUGGUCUGACUGAAUACAAGGGAAGAAGUUACAGAUUUAUGGUAAUGGAAAGACUAGGAAUGGAUUUGCAGAAGAUCUCAGACAAGAAUGGUACUUUUAAAAAGUCAACAGUCCUGCAGCUAGGUAUCCGAAUGUUGGAUGUACUAGAAUAUAUACAUGAAAAUGAAUAUGUUCAUGGUGAUAUAAAAGCAGCAAAUCUACUUUUGGGUUAUGAGAACCCAGAUCGGGUUUAUCUUGCGGAUUAUGGACUUUCUUACAGAUAUUGUCCUAAUGGGAACCACAAACAGUAUCAGGAAAAUCCUAGAAAAGGCCAUAAUGGGACAAUAGAGUUUACCAGCUUGGAUGCCCACAAGGGAGUAGGCCUGUCCAGACGAAGUGACGUUGAAAUCCUUGGCUACUGCAUGCUGCGUUGGUUAUGUGGGAAACUUCCCUGGGAACAGAACCUGAAGGACCCUGUAGCUGUCCAAACUGCUAAAACAAAUCUGUUGGAUGAGCUGCCUGAAUCAGUGCUUAAAUGGGCUCCUAAUGGAAGCAGUUGCUGUGAAUUAGCCCAAUUUUUGGCAUGUGUUUAUAGUUUAGCAUAUGAUGAAAAGCCAAACUAUCAAAUGCUCAAGAAAAUUCUGAACCCAGGUGGAAUACCUUUAGGACCAUUGGAAUUUUCCACUGAAGGACAGAGCAUACCUGUGCGAACUCCAAACAGUGUAAAAGUUGAGUCACGGAAGGCUGCAACAAAGCAAGUCAAUCAGAUGCGAAACAGGUUAAUAGAAAAAACAGCCCACAGUGAGAGAAGUGCUGAGUCCCUGGCAGCACGGAGAAAAGUGCAGGAAGAAGAGCAGCUGAUUGGAUGGGCAGAGACUGAAGCAGCUCAGACUGUUACCAUGGUGGGUGACACUGAUUCGUGUUGAACUUGUCUUACAUUCCUCAAAUCAACCCCGCUUGGUCAUGAUGCAUUAUUCUAUAUAUUGCUAGAUUCAAUUUGCUAGUAUUAUAGUGAGGAUUUUUGUUUAUGUGUUCAAAAGAGCUACUGUCUAUAGUUUUCUUUUUAUUCUACUGUCUACGCUGGUUUUGGUAUCUGGAAUGCCUGCUCCAUAAAAUGAGUUGAGAAGCCUUCCUCCUCUUAAUUUCUGGAAGAGAAUAUAGAACUGGGGAUAUUUCUAUUUAAGUGUUUUGUAGAAUUCUGCAGUGAAACUAUUUGAACAUGGAGAUUUCUUUAAAUACGAAUUCAGUUUCUUACCAAAACUAUUCAGAUUAUUUGUUUCAAGAAUGAGCAAACUUUUCUAUAGAGAGACAGAUAUUAAAAGUUUAGAUUUUCCAGGUCAUAUAUAACUCUUAUAUUGUAAAGUAUCUAUACACAACAUGAAUCCAUGAGUACAGCUAACUUCCAGCAAAGUUUUAUUAACACUGAAAUUUGAAUUGUCUAUAAUUUCAUUUCUCACAAAUUAUUUUUCCAACCAUUUAAAAAUGUAAAAACCAUUCUUAGUUGACGGGCUCUACAUAAACAAGGGGUAGGGUGGAUUUAAUCCAUGGGCCAAUUUAUCAACCCCUGAUCUAUUUCCUCUUAAAGUCUGUUUCGGUAAUUUGUAAUUUUCUAGCAAUUGGUCUAAUUCACCUAAACUGUCAGAUAUUUGUUGGUAGAAUUGUUCAUCGUAUUCCCUUAAAUGUCUGUGAGGUCUGUAGUGAUAGUUGGUAUUUAUUUUAUCCCUGUCAGUCUUGCCUAGAAAUUUACCAAUUUUAUUGGGUGUUUCAAGAACCAGCUUCUGGUUGGUUGAUUCUUCUGUAUUUUUUUUGUUGUUGUUGUCAAUUACAUUGACUUAUGCUCUGAUUUUCUUUCCUUUCUGUAGCUGCGUAUAUUAUAUAUUUAUGGGGUACAAGAUGUUUGAUAUGUUUACAUUAUGGAUUACAUCACAAACGAACAAUCUACCACCUUGCAUACUUGUUUCUUUUUCUAGUUUCUUGAGAUGGAAACUUAGAUGAUCAAAUUGAGACUUUUUUUUUCAUCUAUUUUUAAAAAUGUUUUUGAUAGAUUUUUGUUGUA